CUUUCCUUGGAUUAGUUUAGUAUAGAACGUAGCCGAGUGCGGAUCGCGUUCGCCGGGACUUCUACACAGCAGGAAAGACCCUUUCCGGUGGUCACGUUGGGAAGCUAGCUAGCUUCCUUCUGGUUUGACCACCGCAGCAACCGUGUCACCUUCAGUACAUCAAUCGUCCUUCGCGCCGUCCGACUAUACCUUUUUACGUAACCAAAUCCCCGUGUUUUGCACAGUGUGUACCAGGACAUUUACUAGUGUUGCAAAAGACGCCGGCGCGCCGGGUGGGGACGGAAAAAGCUUUCCGUCAAUUCAUCCGUUCUGACCUUUUCAAACGGUUCAGCCUAUUUGUGGAAAUCGUCAACAGUCGCGGAUUUUUUUUUCUGUCGGAUUUUUUUGGUUACCAUUAAUGGAUUUUAAGUGGUGAACUAGUGACGAUAAAAAGCAGAUAAAAUGAGUAUAUUUUAUGUGAUUUUUAUGCUAAUCAUUCUGACCGUACUCAAAGUGGAGCCAGGUCAAUGUAUUAAGUGCUACAACUGUGAUUCGACUAGCAAUGACGAUUGUUCCCAACUUAAUAAAAAUGCAGGAAUCGUAGCAGAGCAAUGUACUCCUAGCAAAAUGGCAUCAACCACCGGCAAUUGGCUCGCGGAUUUAACCCGGAUCGAAUACUUCGGUGGAACGGAAAUAACCGUACCGAUGGUAUGCCAAAAGAUGGUGGCGACUAAUGAAAAUGGUGAAACAUUGACAUACCGAGGCUGCCAGCUGGAUGGCGGCAAAACGGAUCCGUGUCAGAUCGCACAUGGUAAGGCGAAACUUCAAACCGGCGUUACCAUCGAUCACUGUUCGAUCUGCAAGAGCGACGAAUGUAACGGUGCCCGUGAUCCGCUGGGAGGCCGCACAUCGCUAACCCUGGUCGCAGCUGUUUUGUUGUUGGCAAUGGGUGUAACUAGAAAGUUAUUACUCUAAGAUUGGGUACGCUUCGAGCAUAGGGAAAUAGAUCGGCUUCUAUGUGGCAUCAAUGAUUCAUAGUUGACAUUACAUAAAUUGCUGUAUUUUUAAAUUAAACCGAAGCGGGCAUGUUAAUGUUCUAAAAUGUAUAUCAUAUUUUAAAAAGAUGAAAAAAAAACAGAUUCAGCACGGAGGAUGUGGAUCGACAAUACACUGUAAGCAGAUAUGCAACGCUAAUUGUAAUAUGUCAAUGUACUCGUAAUCAUGUAUAUUCACGUGGAAGCCUUUAUCGUGUUCUCACAAGAGAUGUGUAAUUAUUAUUUGUAGAAUAACGAUCUCAUCUAGCACACAAAAUCCGCUGUCAAUGCAGUUGCUAAUUGAAAUGACUCAAAAAUAUCAGUAAACACAAAUGCAGAUUGUCAGGUUUAACAGGUAUGGCUUACUGUGAAAUAAAUUACUCUAAGAAUAUCCUAAUUCUCAUGAUAAGGUUAUCAAAAUGAUGAAAUUCUCUGCUGCGUGAUGUUAAAAAACGGUAAGAAGUUCUGUGUAUGUCUAUAAAAUGUAAACAAAAAUAUCUCCACAUGCUAUAGUUGAAUCAAGCUACUAUAAAUAUGUAACGAAUAAAACGCAAUCUUUCCACAAUUUUACCACUAGGAUAUGGAUCAAGCAAUAGUAGUACGAAUGUAACAUAACAUAAAAACUUAAAAAUGCUCAUCGCACAUAGCAACAAUCGAUGAAUAAUGGACUUACGGUUAGUGAAAUUAGACAGAAGGAGUGGUUAUAUUUAAUACAUGAAUAAUGGCAGUAUGCAUACUUAAUAUUACACUUUUCCUUGAACAAUUCGUUAUGAAACAAUCCAAUCAAUAUACUAUCACCGUGCGGAUAAUAGAUUCAACUUCAUAUAGCAAUACCAAGUAUUAUAAUAUGCCAUGUAACAGCAAAAUACACACACUAAGAUACAGAUACUUUGGAUAUCCAAUAACAAUAUCGUCGGUAAGCAAAAUUGAAAAGAAUAAAAUUGCACUUUCCAAAAGGUACG